AUGUCAAAUGAAAGUUCUAAUAAACAACUUCGCAAAUAUCAAUCCAGUAUUCAUCGUAUGCCACAAGAUCCUAAAACCUCACAUCCAUCCAAUUCAAAUUCAAACCCUGGUCUUAAUUCUAUGCCCAAAUCUUACGCUAAUGCCUUAUCUGGUUCCGAAAACAACUAUAACAAUGUUUCCGUUAUCGAAACGUUGUUAUCAAAAUUCUUUCUAAAUUUCACUGCAAUCAUUAAUCCACUUAUGUCCCUUCUUUCCACUGUCCUAAACAAAAUUAAUUUACCUUAG